AUGCAGCUCUUCGCCGUAGUCUCCGCCACACUUGCCCUCUUCACCGCCGCUUCCGCUGCACCGACGCAGCUGAAGACGAUCGAGAAGUACGCCGGCGAGGUCAAGCCCUCCUCGUACAUCGUCAAGCUCAAGGACGGCGUGUCGAAGGACGCACACCUUGCCUGGCUCGCCGAGAACCACGGCGCGUCCGCGACGGUCACUCACCCCGAGUGGCAGGAGGGCUUCCUCAAUGGCUUUGCUGGUACAUUUGGGUCGGACGCUUUGAGCGCGCUGCGUGCCAGCCCCGAUGUAGAGCUUAUCAGCGAGGAUGGUGUCGUGUCUAUCUUCGCGACGCAGACAAACGCCCCUUGGGGUCUCCAGCGCAUCAGUCAGGCGGCGAAGCUUGCUGACCAGAAUACGAGCGACCUUACCUUCACUUACACUUACGACGACUCUGCGGGAUCUGGCGUCGACAUCUACAUUGUCGAUACCGGUAUUUACACGGCCCACUCUGAGUUUGGCGGACGUGCCACUUGGGGCGCGACUUUCGGUGGUUACGCUGAUGCUGAUGGCCACGGCCACGGCACUCAUGUCUCAGGCACGGCUGCUGGCGCGACAUACGGUGUCGCCAAGAAGGCAAAACUUUUUGCUGUCAAGGUUCUCUCCGACUCUGGUUCUGGCUAUGUCUCUGACAUCGUUUCCGGCCUCAACUGGGUGGGUCAGCAGGCUGCUGCAUCUGGCCGCCCCUCCAUCGCCAGCUUGAGCUUGGGCGGUGGUACCUCGCAGACACUUGAUGACGCCGUCACCGCUCUGACCACUCAGGGUGUGCACGUCACCGUGGCCGCGGGAAACAGCAACACCGACGCUAGCACCUCCUCCCCCGCUCGUGCCCCUGCUGUCAUCACCGUUGGAGCGUCCACCAUCGCCGACGCUCGCGCCUCUUUCUCCAACUACGGUUCCGUUGUCGACAUCUUCGGGCCCGGCCAGAACGUCAUUUCCUCCUGGAUUGGUGGUGUCAACGCAACUAACAACAUCUCCGGCACCUCCAUGGCCACUCCCCACAUCGCUGGACUUGUUGCUACGAUCAUCGCCCGCGAUGGCAAUGCCAGCCCUGCUGACAUCUCCACCAAGAUCCAGACGCUCUCCACCAAGGGCGCCCUCUCUAGCAUCCCCUCCGGCACGGUCAAUGACCUUGCUCGCAACGAAUCUUAA